GGCUCAGGUCUGGUUUGGCACACAUGCACGGUCGGUCCUCACGUUCUUUCUGAUCCACUUGCUCUUGUCCACCUCGCACCAAAGGACAUUUUAAAGCUGGAUUAAUACUUCUGAAUUCGGGUCUCUUGGUGGUGUCAUGAGGACCAAAUCUGAUUGGAUCACCUUUACUCUGCUGUUUACUCAAGUCUCACAUGUAUUUGGGGGCAACAUCCUGGUGUUCCCAUUGGACGGGAGCCAUUGGGUAAACAUGAAGGCAAUCGUAGAGGAACUUCAUGACAAAGGCCACCAGAUGACUGUUCUUCGCCCAUCUGACAGCUGGUACAUUGCAGAAAAGUCUCCUUUCUACACAUCUGUCAAGCGUCCCGGUCAAGAGAAGUUUAGGGAUCAUUUUGAACUCUUUGCGUCUCAAAACCUGGAAUCGCGGCUUCAGCAGAAUAUGACAUCUUUCCUGUCGUCCUUUUGGAAGCAUGUUCAGAACGAGAUGACAGCUUUAAAUCAGUUUUCUGUUUUCCAUAAGAAUCAUGCUGACACAAUUGUUCAGAUGUUUGAAAAUGAAACCUUGAUGCAGUACUUUAUUGGCGCCAAAUACGACGUAGUGUUGACGGACCCAGGCAUUGGUGGCGGGAUGAUGCUUGCCCGUCGUCUCCAGGUUCCUCUGAUAUACAACGUCAAUUGGCACAUUCAAGGUGAACCUCAUUCCCUUAUCGCCCCGUCCCCUCUGUCAUACACUCCUUUUAUUGCAACACUGUUCACAGAUAAGAUGACCUUUCCCCAGAGAGUGACAAAUGUUUUGUCCUCCACGAUGGGUACUUUCAUAAUGUCUUGCAUAACACAGCCUCACUAUAAACCAAUAGUCAUGCGAUACUUUGGUUCUGAUACGGACUACUCAACGUUUUUUCUGGAUGCUGAUAUAUGGCUGGUGAGAAACAAUUUUGUCUCUGAAUUUCCAAGACCCACGAUGCCAAAUUUAAUCUACAUCGGGGGAUUUCAGUGUAAGCCGCCGAAACAGCUCCCUGCAGACCUGGAGGAGUUUGUUCAGAGCUCCGGAGAUCAGGGGAUUGUGAUAAUGACUUUAGGAACAUUAGUUGGCAUUCUUCCCCAAGUUCUGGUUGAGGAAAUAGCUGCGACCUUUGCCCAGCUGCCUCAGAAGGUUAUAUGGAGGUAUUUAGGACAAAAGCCUAGCAACCUGGGAAACAACACUUUACUGGUCAACUGGCUGCCACAGAACGACCUCUUGGGACAUCCUAAAACAAGAGUCUUCGUCACUCAUGGAGGCGCCAAUGGGGUGCAAGAAGCAAUUUACCACGGAGUUCCGAUUGUUGGACUUCCGUUAUUCUUUGACCAACCUGAAAAUCUCAACAGACUUCGAGCUAAAGGAGGAGCGGUGAAUGUGGAUUUUAGCACGCUCGACAGGCACGUCUUUGGGGAUGCAUUGAUGACGGUUCUUCACAAUUCGUCUUACAGAGAAAACAUGCGGAGACUCUCCAAACUGCUGAGAGAUCAUCCAAGCAAACCAAUGGACGAUGCCAUCUUUUGGAUAGAAUACGUUAUUAGAAAUCAAGGAGCUGCACAUCUGAAGUCAAAAUCCAUCAAAAUGUCCCCGCUUGUUUACUACUCGCUUGACGUCAUUGCAGCCUUGGGAAUGGCUGUUUUGCUUCUCAUAUUAAUUUGGUUUUUCCUUUUGAAAUUCUUGCGGCGAGUAUUGCUUGGUGGCGGGAAAACUAAAGAAGAAUAAAAUGUGUUGACUACCUGUAUGGCUCUUGCUUCAGUAUGGCAGGUUGUGAAGUUCUCUGCUUGUAUUGCUUUGCUUAGUUGCUUACAAACACACACCUUGGUCUUAUUUUCUGCUGAUUGUACCGAAAACUCCAGUACAUCCAGAACAGCGCAGCGAGGAUCCUGAAGAGAGUGUGCAAGCGUGAUCAUAUCACACCUAACCUCAAAUCCCUCAAUUUGAGGAUGAACCUGCCAACACAUCAACGCAUCUACGGCAACACCCCUUCCUACCUCCAGGAUCUAGAUUCCCUGCAACCUCCGCUCCUCAAGCACCAACCUCCUCAAACCCAUCAGGACAAACCUACAAACGAGGUUCCUGAGCCCACGUGGAGAUUGAUGUGGGUUUUUGAUACAGUGCCGUCUGAGGGAUGGAAGGUCACGGUCAUUCAAUGUUGGUUUCCGGCCAUGCCGCUUACGUGCAGUGAUUUCUCCAGAUUCUCUGAACCUUUUGAUGAUAUUAUGGAGCGUAGAUGUUGAAAUCCCUAAAUUUCUUGCAAUGUCACUUUGAGAAAGGUUGUUCUUAAACUGUUUGACUAUUUGCUCACGCAGUUGUGGACAAAGGGGUGUACCUCGCCCCAUCCUUUCUUGUGAAAGACUGGGAAGCUGCUUUUAUAGCCAAUCAUGGCACCCACCUGUUCCUAAUUAGCCUGCACACCUGUGGGAUGUUCCAAAUAAGUGUUUGAUGAGCAUUCCUCAACUUUAUCAGUAUUUUUUGCCACCUUUCCCAACUUCUUUGUCACGUGUUGCUGGCAUCAAUUUCUAAAGUUAAUGAUUAUUUGCAAAAAAAUAAAAAAUGUAUGAGUUUGAACAUGAAAUAUGUUGUCUUUGUAGCAUAUUCAACUGAAUAUGGCUUGAAAAGGAUUUGCAAAUCAUUGUAUUCUGUUUAUAUUUACAUCUAACACCAUUUCCCAACUCAUAUGGAAACGGGGUUUGUAUUCACAAUAUACUCCAAAAGUAAUAACAAUACAAAUAAAUAAUAAUUGGUGAAGUAAGUUGUAUUUCAUAU